AGGUCAAACUCGGCGUCCGGAAACGGUCAAGGUUUGAAAUAAUCAAUGUCAUGUUUGGUUAUUUUGAGCCUUGUACGAGGGUAUCAUCGGUAGUCGGAAGAGAAAUAAGGAAUUAGAGAAGGCAGUUCCGUAAAUAAUUAACGAAUCUCAGGUAAACAAAUAAGUCGUUAAGAUUGCUGGCUUGUGGCUUCUGAACGUAAUCUCGUUUCUGUUGAAAGUUGCAGUAAUACGGGAAAUUAACAAACACCCCUGCCUCUUCUCCUGCUAACUUUUAUCACUGCACCCUGCAGGCAGUCGCAGGCUCGCGGAACACCCGGAAGACUUUGAUCUACGGUAACUUCAGCCUCAUCUGUGCAGGAUUAUCAGAGAGAUAACAUCCGUCUUCUAGAUUCUUUUUGCAUUUUCGGCGCUGCAAUUCAUUUGACUUCAUCUAAUCGAUAUGUUUGUUUGUAUGUUCGAUCUGUCAUCGAAACAAUGAAAAAAGUUGAGAUUUUUACUCAAUUUUUUGGAAUAACUUCGAAAAGAGUCACUCGAACUUCCAUCCAAUAAACUUCAAAGAGAGACAAUAGAUUGGAAGAUUAAUCGCAUAGAUGAAGAGUGGGAAGCACAAGUGGUUCCCUUUCCGCCGGUCUUCUUCGGGUGCCUUGAAGUCCGAAGCGAAGCAAUCCCCGAAGGAAUUUGUGUGUCCAAUUUCUAGGUCUUUAAUGGCGGAUCCUGUAAUUGUUGCUUCCGGUCAGACAUUCGAGCGAAACUGCGUUCAUGCUUGUAAGAAAUUGGGUUUUACACCGAUCCUCUUAGACGGUUCCAAGCCCGAUUUCUCUACGGUAAUUCCCAACAUCGCCUUCAAAUCGACUAUUCUCAACUGGUGCGAUAAUUCUGGCGUCGAACGACCAAAAUCCAUGGAAUAUGCCUCCGCAGAGAAACUUGUUCGUGCAUUAAUGAUGCCCCAGGAAGAAAAAUCACAGGGCGAGCACGAUAAGAAAGAGGAGGAAGAUGAAAAGGAUGCCAAGCUAGGAACUUCUGAAAAGGAGCUGCUGGAAGGGGUUGCAGAGAAACCUCCCGUUAAGUUUAGUCACGCGGAGACCGAAGUAAAUCGACGGCCGACUCACUUCUAUACUAGCUCGGAGGAAUCGGUGACGAUUACGAUUCCCAGUACGCCUCUACCUCUUUCCACUCGACCCUCUUGUUACUCUUCUUCGUCCUCGUCUGAAAUUACCGCAGAUGACGAAAAUCUAAAUCCCAACUCGUCUGACGACGACGGGUUCGUUUUUAAGUUCAAGAGCUCUCAGGUAUUUGAGCAGGAGGAAGCCGUGAUCUCUCUAAGGAAGGUAACGAGAACCCAAGAAGAAAUUAGGGCUAGCCUAUGCACGCCUCGAUUGCUGUCAGCCCUGCGACCUCUCCUGGUAUCACGAUAUUCUACUAUUCAGAUAAACGCGGUGGCAGCAUUGGUGAAUCUAUCUUUAGAGAAGAUCAACAAGGUGAAGAUCGUAAGGUCAGGGGCUAUACCACCAUUGAUCGAUGUACUGAAAGGUGGAUUCGCUGAGGCGCAGGAACACGCGGCCGGUGCCCUCUUCAGCCUGGCGCUUGACGAUGACAAUAAAACGGCGAUAGGGGUGUUGGGGGCGUUGCCGCCGCUUCUGCACCUGCUCCGGUCCGAGAGCGAGCGGGCUCGGCACGACUCGGCGCUAGCUUUGUAUCACCUCUCACUCGUUCAGAGCAACCGCACCAAACUCGUGAAAAUGGGUUCAAUCCCGACGCUUUUAACCAUGGCGAGGGCGGGGGAUUUGGCAAGCCGUGCAUUGCUUAUAUUGUGCAAUUUAGCGGCGUGCGAGGAGGGACGCACGGCGAUGCUCGAUGCCAAUGCGGUUGAGUGUUUCGUGGGGAUGCUGAGGGGUUACAAGUUCGAGUCGGAGGCGACUCGGGAGAACUGUGUUGCGGCGCUAUACGCCCUGAGUCAAGGGAGUUUUAGGUUUAAAGGGUUAGCGAGGGAAGCGGGAGCGGUGCAGGUGUUGAGGGAGGUGGAAGAGAGAGGGAGUGAGAGAGCAAGGGAGAAGGCGAGAAGAAUGUUACAGAUGAUGAAAGGGAGAGAUGAACAAGAGGAGGUAGACUGGGAGGACGUGUUGGAGUCAGGAGCAAUGAGUCGGGCGCGUUACCGAUUUGGUGGUUAUGGGAAGAACGAGUCGGGUUUGAAUUCAACAACGUUUUGAACUUUUGAUUGUUUGCCACUGUCUGUAAUUACGGCAGCAUUCUUAUUUCCUUUUUCUUUUUUUGGUGCCUGAAAGACUGAAACUUUGAACCCUUUUUAUUUGCCGAGUUUUGUUGGAACUUGGAAAGGAUGUAAAUACUAAAUAGGGCAGGAGUUGAGAAUUGAGAUUAUUUUCAGAUUACCAUUUUUUUCUCUUUCGGGGGACGGGCUUGGUAUUCUACAUUUUAUUUGCAGAAAAAAGGGUGCGGAAUCUAAAAAUGGGCUCACAGUUCUUUA